AUGUCGUCCGGUAGUGGACAGAUGGUUGGUUCUUCCAAAGCGAUUACCAACACGUCGAACCUUUCUUCGUCUCCCGCAUCUUUCCAAGGCGUCCCCUCCCCUGCCGACGGAGGCGCCCAGCGACGCCCAGGAGGUACUGGAAGUUUUGGAGCCGGCUCUAUAUCGAGGAAUUCUGCGUCUGCGAGGAGCAUUCAAAACCGGAAGAACAAGCACAAGAAACACACGCGGCCGUCUCUGGUGAACGAGGAUGCUGUAGCGGAGUCUGCAAUGAUGAAGUCAACUACUAGCCGCAAAGGGCAGACGUCCAUCACCCAUUUGAUGAACUUUUCUCUGCCUCCUCGUCCCCAGCGCCAUCCAGUCCCGCACCGCCCACGACGAAAUCCGACCUGGGGAAUGGGCUCGGGCUACCACGCCGUCGAUAAAGCCCGAUACGUGCACGCAAAUUACCGGUUCAUCGUGAACCCUCAAAAUGGCUACCACGCCCAGGCUGCAAAUGCGGAUGUGCAUUUGGACUGGAAUUCCGUCCUUCAGGUUUUGGCAUCAGAACAGACCCAAGCUGCAAGCUGUCCAAUUUGCCUUUCAAUGCCGGUAGCCCCUCGAAUGGCCAAGUGUGGUCAUAUAUUCUGCUAUCCUUGUUUAAUCCGCUACAUGCACUCGACCGACGACGAGACGCCGAUGCCGGAGAGAAAAGCACGUUGGAAGAAAUGCCCGAUUUGCUGGGAUACCAUUUACAUCUCGGAAACUCGCCCAGUGCGUUGGUUCAUAGGCCAAGAAAAUGAUCUGCCCGUCGAAGGUGGAGACGUUGUACUUCGUCUUGUGAAAAGGAACCCUGGAAGCACUCUAGCCCUUCCUCGGGAUGGAGCAGAAGAACUUGGCCCAGAAGACGAUAUUCCCUGGUAUCAUGCAGCAGAGGUCGCGGAUUAUGCACGUAUUAUGAAAGGCGGUGAAGACUACAUGGUUUCUCAGUACGACACUGAAAUCGAAGACCUGAAACGACAACAGCAAGAAGACGAGCUUCUCUUCGGCGAUGACUCCACCUGGACGCACAAAGCUAUCAACAGUAUUAAUGAGGCUAAAGAGAAGAGUCGAGGAAUAGGCAAUCCUCCGGAUAUUGCUCGUGUUGAAAAGAAACCAGCUCGGCCUCCAAUUCAAUUCGAGGAACCUUCAGAGGGGGUUCCCGACAUGUAUGCCUACCAGCAGACCGUCAAACUAGGGAAAACAGCAACAUCGUCGGAAUCUGUUGACGAUAAUUCCUCAGCACCUGAGCAACUUACUCAGGAACUAGGUGGUUUAAAGUUGGAAAACAACAGCAAUGAUAAAUCGCAAGGGAAAAACAAGCAGCAUAUUUCUCCGACUAAGAAAUCUACGGCUCGCGAGACCUUGGGCCAUUCAAACGAUCAGCCGUAUUAUUUCUACCAGUGUCUACCACACUUUUACCUAUCACCGCUCGAUAUCCGCAUUCUUAAAUCAGCCUUUGGCGAUUACUCGCUAUUCCCAGCAACUAUUCUUCCGCAAGUUGAGCACAUUUCUACUGGACACGUUGUCGACGAUGAAUUACGGAAACGCGCCAAAUAUCUUGGACAUUUACCAUAUGGCUGCGAAGUCAAUUUUCUUGAAUGCGAUUGGACUGACAUUGUCGUCCCAGAAGUAUUAGACCGAUUCCAUAGCGAAAUAAACAAGCGAAGACAAAGGAACCGCGAUAAAGAAAGCAAGGAAGAAAAAGACCGGCUCCGAGCCGAGAAAGAAGAAGACGAAAAACGCUGGGCAGCUGCUCGCCGCAAGCAGCCCGUCUACGAGAGCAGCAGCAGCGAACGCCCAUUCUCCGACCAAGACUUUUUGCCCCUAAGUGGGUCUACACCAGCUGAUGCAGAUUUUUCAGCCUCCUCCCCGCCUGGAAACAGUAGCUCGAUACCGUCUCGAUUUGAAGCCCUUGCAUCACCCUCAACAAGUCCUCCUGGUGGUGGUGCACGGACUGUAUGGGGCACAGCUGCUAUCGGAUCCAGUUCACCAGGCCCAGCCCAAAGACCUUCCAAUGACGGUUGGCUGCGAGGCUGGGAAGAUGAUCUGUUGGGACAGCAAGAGGCCGAACUCAUUGCCCAAACUAUGCCUGAUGCACAACCACAACCAAGUGCUUCAGGUGGUCGGAAGAAGAAGAACAAGAAAAUCACACUAAUGUCAACAAAUAUACAACGAGGUGCUUAA